AUGAUCCUCUUUGACACGGGCUCAGCCGACCUGUGGAUGCCCUUGUCUGCCGUGAAAGUCCAGUCCACCUACAGGACUGGCAAUCUAACCAGAGUCCUGGGCUUCCACGCUGUGACAUCAGGCGGCGGGUGGCAGCCAGGACGGGAGCAAGCUGGGAGUCUAGCUUCCUUCCUGCUGAGGGAGGCUGCUGGGUCCCGGCCUCCUGAGGGCCACCCCCAAGGGCAUUCUCCUCCUCUCGGGGAGCAGAUCCAGGGCUCGCCCAUCACUGACCAGGAGUUUGGCCUGAACUGGAUGGAGCUGGACACCACCUUUGAAAGCAUCCACUCUGAUGGGAUAAAUGGCCUGUCCUCCUCUUCCAUCUCAGCAGCCAGGGCCGCCACAGUCAUGGAUGGUUCUAUUAAGUGGAACCUGAUCCCAGCGCCCUUAGUCAGCUUCCAUCUCACCCGGUUGUCCAUAGGGCACCAGACCACUGACGGGUGCUGCCAAGGCUGCCUGGCUGUCGUGGGCACAGGCACCUCCCUUGUCCCCGAGCAGAUUUUUGGCUCCCCCAGUGACAGCCUUUUCCUCAUAUUUCUGCCCUACCUGCUGGAACUCCAUCUUGGUGCCUUCACUGGGGUGUUCAUCUGCGGGGAGGAUACAUCUGCGAUGUUUGUCACCAACUGCGGCAGUGGCCAGAGCACCCCUACCAUCACCUUCCCCAUCAAUGGCAUCAAUUUCCCCUGCUGGGCCCUCAGUCUGGUCUUGGCCUUCUGCCUGGGGCUCGAUGACCUGACAAAUCUGUUUGGAGCCCUGAGGGCAGGGUAUGAGGUGACAGAGAGGUUGGGAAUCGGCUUCCUGAAGUGGACGGUGGUGGCUUUCAUCUGCCUCCGGCUCUUGGAGGCGACAGUGCUCAAAGUCCCCCUGAAGACAUUAAAGUUCAUCCGUGAGACCGUGAAGGAGAAGGGCUUACUGGAGGAGUUCCUGAGGACCCACAAGUACGGCCCCGUUCAGAAGUACCACUUUGGUGAUUUCAGUGUGGCCCGUGAGCCCAUGGCCUACACGGAUGCUUCCUACUUUGGCAAGAUUAGCAUUGGGACCCCACCACAAAAUUUUCUGGUCAUUUUUGAUACCAGCUCUUCCAAUCUGUGGGUGCCCUCUGCCUACCGCCAGAACCAGGCCUGCGCUGGCCACGCCCGCUUUAAUCCCAGGGCCCUCACCUCCUCCACCAACGGGGAGACCUUCUCCCUGCAGUAUGGUGGCAGCGGCAGCCUCACCAGCUUCCAUACUCUGACCGUCCAGAGCAUCCAGGUCCCCAACCAGGAGUUCAGCCUGAGUCAGGAUGAGCUGGGCACCAAUUUCAUCUACUUGAAGUUUGUUGGCAUCAUGGGCAUGGCCUACCCUGCCCUGGCCGUGGGUGGGGCCGCCACAGCCCUGCAGGACAUGCUGCAGGAGGGCGCCCUCACCAGCCACCCAGUCUUCAGCUUCUACCUCAGCAACCAGCAGGGGUCUCAGAACGGGGGAGCAGUCAUCUUUGGGGGUGUGGACAACAGCCUGUACAUGGGACAGAUCUCCUAGGCCAGCACCCAGGAACUCUACUGGCAGCUCACUGAGGAGCUCCUCAUUGGCAGCCAGGCCUCCAGCUGGUGCUCCCAGGGCUGCCAGGCCAGCAUGGACACAGGCACAUCUCUGCUUACUGUGCCCCAGCAGUACGUGAGUGCCCUUCUGCAGGCCACGGGGGCCCAGGAGGACCAGAACAGACAGUUUCCUGCGGACUGUAACAACACCCAGAGCCUGCCCUCUUUCACCUUCAUCAUGAGUGGCGUGCAGUGCCCUCAGCCACCCUCCUCCUACAUCCUCAAUGGAAUGCUGCCCGGUCGUGCUGUGCAGAACAAUGGCUACUGCACCAUGGGGGUCAAGCCCACCUACGUCUCCCAGAAUGGCCAGCCCCUGUGGAUCCUCGGGGACAUCUUCCUCAGGUCCUACUAUUCCAUCUACGACACAGGCAACAACAGGGUGGGCUUCACCACUGCCACCUAGACUCAGUGCCUGGACGCCUGCACUCCCUUCUUCCUCUUGGCCCCCUACCCUGCAGGGGAUUCUCUCUGUGCUUCUUUGGAUUCAGCUUUCCUUUUCUGGACUCCGGACUUCCUCUCCUAAUGAAUAAUUCUUCUCCAUAUUGGCCAGCUGGUGGUUUUUAGAGGGCAGUUGUGGCCUGUAAGGUGACUCCCGGUCUCAGGCAAUGGGAAAGAGUCAGGAGCAGGUUUGCCUCUGCUGGACCAUGUUCUCCCUGAGAUGCUAGGAGGUUUCUGGGUGGGUCACUGAGAUUCUAAGAGAAAUGGGGCAUAAGGUAGGGCUUGGGGAUGGGCCCUGUACCCCUCAGAGCCUGGAGUCUGUUCACAGCUUCUCCCUGGAGGGAAGACAGUGGUAGUGGCACGAGGCAGGGCACUCCUUUGUGAUGGCAAAGGAGCCCUACUCAAUCUGAAAUGCUCUGCUGUCCUAAUUUACCAAACUACCACCAGAAUUACCCCAUGCAUGUCUCCAUGCAUGUCCACUCCUAGUGUGACUAGGAGUCCAGUGCAUCCCAAACCCAGGCCUCCAUCUCCUUAUCUGUGAACAAGUUUGCACUAGGAGUGUUCUGAGGAAUGCUGGAUGCCUGUGUGUACUUGUAACAGUCACGGGUCCUUUAGGGAGGAGGGUGAUGCCACCAGACCCUACUUCCAGGAAGGCUUCAGAAGGUCUGGGCUGAGUUAAGCUGAUCCUAUUUUCACCCAGACUUUUAUGUCCCAGGGCCUGUAUCUGAAGAAGGGCUGGCCCUCAACCGUGGACAAGAGGGACAGCUACUUGAAUCACAUGGAAAUCAAGCCCACUUGCUCUAACCAACUGAGCCAGGGCUCUUGUCCCUCUGAGCUUCAUCCCUGCCUCCUUAGGAGCCACCCAGCAACAGACGGAGAAACCUGUGGCAGCAUGGUAUGCGGAGGAGGAGGACGAGGAGGA